GCUUUCCACACUAUUUGCUCCACAUUUUUUCUAGAUCCAGUGCAUCGCUCCUCUCCCCGAUUUUUAACUCCACCUACGUGUCCAGAUCUGAAUCCGCCUCUUCGCUUCCCCUUGAAUCUCGGCCGUCUCCUUUUCCAUUUCCCGAGGUUCCUCCUUUCAAAUUCAGAUCUCCUCCGCUCCAUUUCAAAACCGCUUCCCAAAAUCUCAACGUCCUCUCUUCUCACUUUCCCAUCAGAUCCACAUUUUCUCGGGAAACAAACACCUCGAAGCGCCGCCGCCUCCUCUUUCUCCUCCUUCAACAAUGGCGAGGUUCUUCGAACUCCUCUCGCCUCUGCUUCUCGCAUUUCUCCUAGUCCAAUUCAGCACCGCCGCAUCCUCUUCUUCUCCGCCAGUGCCCUCCCCGACUCCGUCGCCGCAACCCGCUGCCGAUUCGCUUUCUCACGUAUCUCCAUCGCUGAUUUCCCUCACUCCAUCUCCGUCCAACACACCGGCACACUCACCAAUUUCUUCUUCUCCUCCCGCGCCGCCGCAAUCGACUCCAUCGCCGUCGCCUGACAACGAGCCUUCUGUUCCCGCUCCGGCGCCGUCGGAUCCUAGCGACAACAACAACAAUGACAUGAACGCCGACGACAACGGAGCUGAGAACUCCUCCGGGGGAGGAAUGAGCGGGGGAAAGAAGGCGGGGAUCGCGUCUGGAGUCAUCGUCGGAGUCGGUUUGGUAGGGCUCGGAGGAUUUGUGUACAAGAAGCGUCAGGAUAACAUCCGUCGAUCUCAGUACGGUGACGCCGCCAGGAGAGAGUUUCUCUGAAGAAACACUCAGUAGUCUUCUCAUACGCAAAGCUCUUCUACUUCUAGAGGUUACUGUGAAAUCUUCAAUUUUCUGGUAUUAAUUUCUCGUAGUUUGUUUUGUUAAAUUCUGGGUUUGGUAUGUGAUUGAAUUGGGGUUUUGCGACGGUGAAAAAAAUGGUGAUUCGAUUCUUGAUUCUUUGGUGCGCCGGUGGUGGUGGAGUGGUGAUAGGUAGAUUUUUUUUUUUAUUAUUUUCUUUUUAAUUUUGGGCCUAAGAUACUUGAUAUAAUAAUUGAAUUUACAGAUUUAGAGUUAAUCCUUUUGCU